AAUUAGUGAGCGAGAGUCAGACAUGAGGGAGCAUUUAUAUCUUUUCUUUCUGCUUCAUUUCAGCAAAGGUUGUAUUGUUUCAGAUGAGGAUCAGACUAAAGUAAUGUCAGGAUACAGCGGUGGUUCAGUGCUUCUGCCCUGCUCCUGUGCUCAACCUCAGUCUACAGUCCACACAUUCAGCUGGCAGUUUCACCACAAUAAUAAUCCAUGGAUUUUAGUAUUUGAGGAUCAGAAGUACAGAGACAGACUUGUGCUGUUUAAUGAAAGUUCUCCAACAAAUCUGUCUCUACUCGUAUCUGACCUCAGAAAGACAGAUGAGGGGGACUAUAAGUGUCUGACUGCACUAAAUACUCCUACAUUUGUUCGGCUAACAGUUCAAGAGAGAUCAGAUGUUCAUCCAGCCAUUUCAACAACACAUAGACCUUCAGACCAAACACUUCCAAACACAAAACUUCCAGCACCUCGACAACCACAGCACACACUUCAGUAUGUUUUCAUUCUUUUGGGAAUAUUUCUCUCAGUACUCUCACUGACAUUACUGGUAUUUAUCUACUGGAGAUGCAGAGGAAGCAGAAAUGGGAAAAAGGAGAUCAAAAAGGAGUCCAAUGAUGGUGAAGCACUAAAGAAAGAACCAGACAGUCAUGAUGAUGUGAUGUAUUCUACUGUGGUCCAUGUUAAAACCGCUUCCAAAGUAUCUGACACACAAUAUCAUCAUGAAGAGCUCACUGAGUAUUCUAGUAUCAAUGUGAAAUGUCUUUAGGUUUCUUAUUGGUUUACCAUUCUGUCCAUCAUCAUUAUGAAGAAGUCGGUUCCACCAAUCCCAGGACGAGCCGCCAGGAUUUAAAGCCCCGACAGACCAGUGUGUGAUGUGCGCUCUGCCUCGGCGUACCAUUUGUGCUCCACGCAAUUUGAUUGUGCUAUGCUUCGGCUGUUUAGUGAUUUAUUAUCUCAGUUUACUGUGGUAAUUCGAGUUUGCCUGUUGAACUUCGUUGGCUUUAAGUAACAUAAUGUGAUGGUUGUUGUGUGGUUCUAAACUUUGACCGUUUUAUCCGGUUUGUUUUAGUUUAGAUUGAUGUUUUGUUAGAUUAGUUUGAGUGUUUUGCCAGUUGUGUAUUUUGAGUUUUGUAGCUUUAAUUAGUUUAGUUCGGGUGUCGUAUACACUGAAGAUUUCGGUGUUUAUUUGUAUUUUUGACGCCUAGUUUAGAUUUUAGUUUUAAGGAUUGUUUUGUUUUGUUAAUUUCUUUGAUUUGGCUUACACUCGUUGUUUUUGUUUAAAGAUAAUUAUAAAUGUUUGUUU